UCCACCGAAAAUGAUCAGGCUGACGAAGAGUUCCGGGCCGAGAUUAAUCUCAUGGGGCGAAUUCAUCAUCCCAACUUAAUAGCUCUUCUUGGUUUCAGCUCGCAAGGAGAAGACCGACUUCUCAUUUAUGAGUUGAUGACAAAUGGUUCACUGCAGGACCAGCUUCAAGGGCCUGCCCAAGGAGCUGCUCUCACCUGGCAUUUACGCCUCAAAAUUGCCCUUGACGCAGCCAGAGGACUUGAAUACCUUCACGAUCACUGCGAUCCACCAGUCAUCCACAGGGACUUUAAAUCUUCUAAUAUACUCCUAGACGAAGACUUCAAUGCAAAGCUAUCCGACUUUGGUCUUGCUCUGAUGGUACAAGAAGGCGCCGGCAGCCUUCAACUGCAAGGCACAUUUGGCUACGUUGCUCCAGAAUACAUCCUCACUGGAAUUCUCACGGAGAAGAGUGACGUCUAUGCAUUUGGCGUUGUGCUUCUGGAGCUCAUCACCGGGAGAAAACCCAUUGACGUCUCAAUGCCAACAGGGUGCCAGUCGCUUGUGACAUGGGCCACGCCGCAACUGACCGACCGCACCAGGCUUCCCCUCAUUGUGGAUGCUGCGAUCAAGGAUACUGUCAACUUGAAGCAACUCUUCCAAGUCGCUGCUGUUGCUGUUCUAUGCGUCCAGUCGGAGCCAAGCUACAGGCCUUUGAUUGGAGACGUGGUGAACUCUCUGAUCCCGCUGGUCCCUUGCGAGCUGGGUGGUGCUUUGAGGGCGAUUGAUCCGUCAGGAGCCACUGCGGCAAACUCCCACUCCCAACACGGCGUGUAAAACAAAGGAUGUGAGUAACCAUGCGUAGAAUGCAACAAUUUUGUAGAGAAGCAUGGCUAUAUGAAUUAUUCCAGCUUUAAAUAAAGACUAUUCUUAAUUAA